AUGUUUACCUAUUCAUUGUUAUCAUCACGAACUUCAUUGUCAUCUUCAUCUUCAUUGCCAUCAUCACCAUCGGCAACACCACCAUCAUCAUCAGCAUCAUCAGCAUCAUGGUCAUUGCCAACAGUGGCGCCAGAUGCAGUGCCAUUCAUGGCCUCUCAUCGGUCGGUGUCGAGUGGGGAAACCUACUCGACAACUUUGUCAAUUCCCGACUCGGGGUACUUUUCGUGGUCGGAAGGCCUUGGGGUGGGUCAGAUCGAUGAAUCCUCACUAUCUGGGGUGGAACUCUCCUCAGAUGGAGAAGAUGAGGUCUGGUCUGCCUCAUCGGCAACCCUCCGUGAGGAGGAGGGCGAAGAAGGCGAAGACGAAGACGAAGAAGAGGGCGAAGGCGAAGGCGAGGAGGAACCCCCUGUGGGUAAUAGAAGUCUAAGUGACUUUACCCUUGCCUGGCUACAGAGUCUCGAAUCAUUUAGUGCUGAAGUGGACGAAACCCAAUCCUUGAGUUCACUAUCACACGUCCGUAGAAGAGAUGAAUUUAACGAGGAUUCUGACGAGGAAUACCGUCCCUGCAAGCGCAGACGGUCAAUCUGA